ACAGUUGAGCUGGUGCUGCUCUGGGAGGGGAGACAGUGCAGGCUGCAGGGCUGGGGAAUCCGGCUCCUUUAAUUCGGAUGUUAAAAGCCGCCGCUGUUUUAUUUGCUGAAGAUUCUGAGAGAGAGAGACUGACAGACAGGGAGAUAACCUGGGUUCCCCCUCCCCUCCUUUCCCUUAGCCAACCCUAGGCUUUGUCCUGAGUGUCGGUUUGUUUGUUUUUUAAUUUUGUGCCGCUCAAUGAUGCCUGAACUGUGGGAAGCCUUGCCAGAUUUGUCUAUGGAUCCGAUUACUGGUGUCGGUGUGGUCGCAUCUCGAUAUCGGGCACCUACCACUUACGAAGUAAUUUCACAAACAGCAGAUGGUUUGGAUGCUGACCUCUGGAAGGACGGCUUAUUUAAAUCCAAGGUCACAAGAUAUCUCUGUUUUACGAGAUCAUUUUCUAAGGAGAAUAGCCAUUUAGGGAAUGUGCUUGUGGAUAUGAAGCUGAUCGAUUUAAAGGAUACUUUACCAGUGGGCUUUAUUCCUAUUCAGGAAACAGUGGACACACAAGAGCAAGCUUUCAGAAAGAGAAGGAUGUGUAUCAAAUUCAUUCCUCGUGACUCGACUGAAGCUGCCAUUUGUGAUGUAAAAAUUCUUGGCAAAUCUAAACAAGCUCCCCCUCAGUAUACUUUCAUUGGGGAACUGAACAACAUGGGAGUCUGGUACAGAAUGGGAAGAGUUCCUAGGACGCAGGUGGUGUCAACAGCUACAGUAACAACUACAUGCCUGACAUCCUCCUCUUCGCCAAGUCCUGCUCCUAAUCUCCCCAGGCACAUAUCCUUGACACUUCCAGCUAGCUUCCGAGGUAAGAUGCAUGGCACAAGACCUGACUUUGAACACCAGACCUCCAACCUAUACGCUAUAUCAGCAAUGGAUGGUGUGCCUUUCACUAUUUCAGAAAAAUUCUCCAGUGCGAUUGAAGCAGUGCAACCAGUUGAUUUAAUGGGCAUAACGAUCAAAUCGUUGGCUGAAAUUGAGAGAGAAUACGAUUACAGCUUUAGAACAGAACAGAGUGCUGCAGCUCGCCUUCCACCAAGUCCCACUAAAUGUCAACAACCUUCAUCCUGAAGAUGGACCUUAAUUGAGUUGUUGUAAACUAAGGGACAAUAUCUACUGGAACAGCCACCACGCGAAGCAGUUUUGGACACUUUGCUUCCUUUAACUUCUACUGAAAUGGUAUUCUUGUACUAAUGGAAAGGACAGUAUUUCUAAUAACCAGCAGUCUACCUACAACUUAACAUUGGGUAAAAUCAUUUUGUACAUGGAGUUUUGUAAAUACAAUGUUUAAUGUGACCUUUAUUUGCAAAUCUUCUAGCCUUGAAUAAGGUUAAUCAUUUUAAUAAUUAUUAAACAAAGGCUGGAUAUUUUUGCUUUCUUGAGCCAUAGCUUAUUUUUGUUUCUCCUUUUUUUUUGUCAAACUGAUUUUGCACACUUCAGAAAUGCUACUGGUAUUGGCCAUUUUCGCAAGCUAUGCAUCGUUUCAGUUAAUAGACCUUUAGCCAUUUGUUUUCACUUUGAGAUUAGAUGUAUUUUUAAGGAAAUAAAGUUUUGAAAUAUCAUGUAUAGCUGAUGUUUUAGUUUUAUUUCCUGUGUCUAACAAGUCAAAUUUCAGUAGUACUGAGAAGAAUUUAGUAAUAGUUAACAUCAAAUUUAGGAAAGUCAAAGUAACUUUUUAUUCAGAUCAGAGAAUUGGGUGCUAACUUCUAUCAUAACAUCUAGAAAUCUUAAGAUUUACUAAGCUAUUGUUUCCGCACAGAUAUUCUACUUUUAUGUAGAUUUUCCCUCUAGUCAGUGGUUGUUUUCUCUUUUUUCUGACACAGAAAAUAUCAUAGUUACCUGUUUUCCCUUGGAACAUAUCAAAUUUAGAAAUCAUUAUCAGAAUUUCACAAAAAUUAAGUUGGUUUUUUGAUAUUCUUCUCUGUUACGUUCUCCCUUGUCUUUCCAAUUCUGCUUAAUUAGAUAUAAUCAUGAAGCGUUUUUGUUGGAAUUCUCAGAUUUUCUACAUCAAAGCCUUCCAGCCUAUAAAUAUCUUGCUAUACUUUAAAGCUGUUGUUUAUGGAAAAACAGUAUUAGUUAUAUCACAGUGAAUGAACAAAAAUUACAACAGGCCUUCCUUUUUGGUUCCUUUGUUAACAAAGGACAUUUCUGCUAUCCGAAUGCAAUAUUUGUUAAUGCAGUUUUUCUACGGUUGCAUAAGGUAUGAUUCUGUGGUUAUAAUCUGAGUGCAAGUGUAGCUUUGUCAAAAUGCACUGAUUUGCUUUGCACUGCAUUUUUAAUGUUUGGGCUUUUUUUAAAAUGUGGACCCUUGCUAUCUGAAACUCUUUUGUAUGGUUUUUAACAUGCUUGUGAUUCUAAAUUAAUGUUAAGAAACACCUUAAUUGUGUAACACUGUAACACUCUUGUUAAGUAGCAGCUUUUCUUUAAACACUGCCAUGAAUCUACCAGCCUUACCUCAAUAAACCUAACGGCUACAACCUCCUUUCAGGCUUUGUGAUCCAUACUGAGAGAAAUCGACGUUCAAAACUGCAUUUACUGCAGAUACAAGAAUGUAGUGCUUUUAUUGAAUGGCAGCUGCUCAACAAAAACAAUCUAUGUUAGCAGGUUUACACACUAUAUGUAAAGCAAUUAUUUAUUUUUUCUUCAUUUUCAUCUUUUUCUCAUUUCCAGUGCAAAACAGAUGCUACUUAAUAUGUAGGGCAAGGGUAAUCAGAUUAAUAAUGCCAGUGUUUAGAAUUACAAGUUUGUCUUUUUGUCUGUUUAGCAUAGUACUUCAGACUGUCAUGUAAAACAAGUGUUCUGAUCCAUUGGCACUGUUUGAAAUGAACAAAAUGCUUCAGACAUUGAAUAAUUGAUUUUCAAUGUUGCAUGAAUAGUGUGCUUAAGCGAUUAAUUCAAGAAACAUAAUUAUAUUUUCUGUCUGUUCUGUAGAAAUAAUGUAAACCCAUACCAUUAUCGUUUCUGUAAAGAAACUAGGCAUUUAUCAUUUAUGUAUGAAUAUUGGCUGCAUCUAAAUGUCUGGUGGAGCUCUAUGAACUUAAAGAUGAUAGAAAUGCAUUCUGCUGUUAAAUGAUGAACGUUCUUUGCAAAACAGAGCGUAGAGCAUUGACAGUAUGACUAACCAUUUCCAACUCAUCCAUUUACAAUUUACUGUGAAUAAUUAAAGCAUGGUAACAUAAAAGCUGCAGAACUUCCACCCAAGUGCUAUCAUCUUUAAAAUGUUGAAAAAUAUUUAACUUUCACCAGCCAUACAAUUGUAAUAGUUCAGUUUUAUUUUUAAUUGUGUUGGAGAUUUAACUCACUGCUCUUAAAGUGUUCAGAAAUAAAAACUUCCUGUAUUUAUUGUAGAUUUGUUUCCUGUAGUUACAAAGGGAGGUUUACAAUUUGGUUUAUUGAGUCUGUAUUAAUA